AUGCUCCUGGACUCCCCUGCGCCCACUCUAACUCCCACCACCUCCUCCCCUCCUCCCCCCCUCACCCCUGCUCCCUCUGUCUCCUCGGCCCACGGACCGAAGGCGGCGGCGGCGGGCGGGGCUCUGUCCCCUCACAUCCUCGUCCCAGCUCCACCUAAACUCACCUCCACGGCGGCCCCCGCCCUGCGGACAUACUCCCGCCCCAUCCUUCCCUCCCCAGCCAUCAAGGCUUCUCCUUCUCCUUCCACGCAGUCCUCCUCCUCCUCUUCUUGCUCUGCUGUCACUGUGACCGCAGCUUCCUCCCUAUCCUCCUCCUCUUCAUCGGGCGUGACGGCCAGCAUCACCACGACUUCCACCAAGACCUCCACCAGCCUCACCAAUGGGAGCACCAGACCUGGGCCCACCUCCACGGCCAUUACACCGUUUCACACCCCGGCCAGCCCACCUGGCCGACAGGCACAACAGGCAAAUCCUGCGGGUACACCUGGUCUUGUGCGAGCCAAUCAGGGCCCCUCACCUGUCAGGCAGAGGGUAUCCCAGCAGGCUUUGCUCCUGGGGAAAGGUCUCAAAGGGUCUGGCCAAGACCAGGUUCUGCUGAGAGCAAAGAUGCUCAUUCUUACGUCUGCUAUGCGACCUGCACAGUCUCCUUCUUCCUCCUCCUCUUCCUCCUCCGUCCCUUCCUCUAACCCCGCCUCCGCUCAGCUGCAGAGUCUCACCUUGAGGCCUCCUCCCCCUGGGACCCUCACUAUCCCCCCUUCUCUCAGGCUGAAGCCUCCCUCCUCGGCCCCGCCGCCCCUCUCCCGGCCCAACGCCCCUGUGUUCCCGCCCCUCAGGCCACGACCGCAGCCCAGCACCACGACGACGGAGAGCCAGACCACGCCCAGCCGCUACCUUCCUGUCCCGCCUCCAACUCUCUACUCUCCAGUCCGAGCCGUCCCGCUGAGACCCAGGCUUCACUCUCCCAGCAGUCACCGAGCAACAACCCCUCGACAUUCCCAAGCCCUCCAACCCAUCUCUGCGGCUCCAUCCAGUCAGACAGUGUCCGUCAGCAAGCCGCUGACCGGGCUGAAGAGCGCUCCAUCCACGCCAACCGUUCUGGCUCCAUCCCCGUCCCAAAACAGCCUGGGAUCUUCUUCCAACCACUUUGAGCGCUCACCGUCUGCAGCUAGGCAGCUCCAGAUGAUCGCCCUGUCAUCUGGUCACCAGUCACAGGCGGGUGCAUAUGCCCACACUGUGGUGCCGUCCAAACCUGCUGAGCUGGUUGAGCUUUCCAGCCAAUCAAAGAGGACUGGAAACAAGGAAGACUUGGGUCGUAUUCCUUUAAAAUCCCCCCCUUUACCCUCUGCUCCAUCUCACUCACAGACUCUGAACAAGAAGAGAGAGCCAAAGGAGACUGAGGAGCAAGGAGACUCCAGCCGAGGAGCUAAACCCGGAGUCAGAGAUGAACAGAGUGUCAGUAAAGACUUCCUGGGGGAGCAAGAUGUCCACAUAGAGAAGGUGAAGCAAGAGAAACUCGCUAAGAUGGAGCCAAACCCUGAAUCAGAGAGAGACAAGGAUCCGAUGGAGAUAACAGAGGAAGAGGAGAAAGACAAAGAGAGGAGAGGAAAGAAAAGGAAGCUGGAGGAGGAGGAAGGAGACGCUGCCAUGGAUACAUCUGACAGCCUGGUUGCUCGGCCUCUACAUCAGAACCAGAACACAGAACCACUUUCAGCUCCUGAUACCGUUAAAGACGCAAACAUUGAAUCAAAACCUAAGCUGGAUCUCUCUCCAAUCCCAGUUAAAGCUCCUCUAAAAGGACUAGUUUCAGUCAAAACUCCAGUUACAGAACCCACUCCAGUUGGAACCCCAGGCCAAGCUCCUAUCAAACCUUCUGUAAAAGGACCAGUUUCCACUAGAACUCAAGCUACUGGAACAGUUCCAGUACAAACAGCUGUAACAGGACCGGUUUCAGCCAAAACACCAGUAACAGGACCAGCAACAGUCAGUACCCCAAUAAAAGGACCAGCUUCGACAAGAAUUCAAGUAACAGGACCAGUUUCAAUCAAAACACCACUGACCGGACCAGCAUCAGGUAAUACCACAGUAAAAGGAACAACUCCAACCCAGUCCCCAGUGACAGAAUCCGUUCCAGUUGCAACACCAGUAGCAGCACCUGGUCCAGUUGAAUCACCAGUAAUAGUACCAGUUCCUUUAAAAACUUCAGUGAAAGGAGCAGUACCGACUAAAGCUCAAGUUACGGGAACAGCUCCAGUCCAAACACCAGUAAAAGGACCAGCACCAGUUCAUCCACCAAUAAAAGGACCAGCACCAGUUCAUCCACCAAUAAAAGGACCAGCACCAGUUCAUCCACCAAUAAAAGGACCAGCACCAGUUCAUCCACCAAUAAAAGGACCAGCACCAGUUCAUCCACCAAUAAAAGGACCAGCACCAGUUCAUCCACCAAUAAAAGGACCAGCACCAGUUCAUCCACCAAUAAAAGGACCAGCACCAGUUCAUCCACCAAUAAAAGGACCAGCACCAGUUCAUCCACAAAUAAAAGGACCAGCCUCAACCAAAACUCCAGUAGCAGUUCCUGUCCAAACACCAGUAACAGGACCAGCUCCUAUUAAGACUCCUUUAAUAGAACUGGUUUCAACCCAAACACAAACAAAAGGACUAGUUCUGAGCCAUAAACCCGUAAUAGGACCGAUUUUGGUCCAACCACCGGCAACAGAACCAGUUCCUGAGAACUCGGCCCAAAGUCAGAGGCUUUCAGAACCUCAGCGGGACCUUCAGCUCAGCCAGGAGGACUUCUGUGAGAACAUGUCAACUCAGUCCGACAACCAGUCAGCAUUGUCCAGCCUUUCUUCCCAGUCUCCUCCCUCCUCCCCCUUCAUCGUCACCUCGUCAGAAAACCCUCCCCCCCUGCUCCCCGCUCAGGUCACCACCCCAACUGAUCUCAGCCUAACUCAUCACGGGGCGGCGAAGGCUGACAAAACACCAUCAGAUUCCCAUCACGCACCUGAAGCUGAAUCUGAACCUAACUACCAAUCAGAAGAGGAGUCUGAGAGCUUCAGCCAAUCUCUGGGCGGCCCCUGGGAAAUGAAGGCGUGGCCUGAGGGACGACAGGUUCUUACUCACCUGGUGGAGGGAUUUGUCAUUCAGGAGGGUCUCCAACCGUUUCCUGUGAACCGUUCCUCCCUGCUGGUUCCAGAGCAGGCCCCCAAACAGGAAGUGAACGGGACCAAUGGAAGAGAGGCGCUGCCAGCAGUAGAGCCCAUAAAGCAGACGGAGCCCUCCACUGAUUCAGAGGAAGAGGACGCCGGUGAUGCGGAGUCGGGCCACAGAGAUCGGACGGUGCUGCACUGUCAGUUCUGUGGGAAACGAGGCCACGCACACAACUUCAUGCGGUCCAAACGCUUCUGCUCCACUUCCUGUGCCCGCGGGUUCAACGUCCGGCUGACAAAGCGCCUGAGGGCCCUGAGUGCAGGCAGCCGAUCCGAGAGGCCCCGUCCCACUCUGAACCGGGCGGAGUCGGUACCUGGGAAACCACUGCUGCUGCGCUUGCCUCGGGACCUUUGGAGCGCCGGGCGGCGCGAGAAGGACGGGAAAGAGAAGCCAGCGACUGCGGCAGUGGUGGAGCAGAAGGAUGAGGAGGAAGACACAGACACGCAGGAGUCUCCACAUGUCUUUGGGGAGGCGGAGGAAGACGAUGAUGAUGGAGGGGAGGAGGAUCCUGCUGUCGCCAUGGUAGCCAGGAUGGAGAGGCGAGCAGCCCGGAGAGCGAGGAGGGCGUCUGCCCCCGCCGUCUCGGCGUCGACGCCCACCACCACGUUCCGCCCCGCCCCGUCCCAGUGGAGCGUGGAGGAGGUGACCGCCUUCAUCCACACGCUGCCGGGGUGCGGUGACGUGGCCGAGGCCUUCAGGAUGCAGGAAAUCGACGGGCAGGCUCUGCUGCUGCUAACUGAGGACCACCUGAUGACCAGCAUGAACAUUAAGCUGGGCCCUGCCCUUAAGAUCUGCGCUCACAUCAACGCUCUGAAAAACCAGUGAAAAGAGACAGAGCCAAACCUGGAGAAGGGAGAACUUCAGAGGGCAAUAAAGAGGAGAGAAAAUCUUUGGUUACAACAGGUCUGAAGCUGACACCAAGGAUGACAGAAAAAAGUCACAAAAAGAGGAAAAUGUCAGUAAUUUAUAAUUUAUGACGUUCUAAUAAAGGCGUGGCCUUAUGGGAGCAGAACGAGCAGAAACUCAUCUGUCUGCAGCUGAGUGUAGCAGGAAACCCCGGAGAGCUUUUGUACCUUUCUGUAUAUUUUACAUGCCACUGGAGAGUGUACAUUUCAAGCUAUUUCAUGAAGGAUUUUCAACAUUUAAUAUAUGAAAUUUGUCUAUUUAGUUUUUUUAGAGUGUGACGUCGAUGACAAAUCUAUACCCGUAGCUAACAUAACCAGUGUGUGGGAGUGUGGCUGUGUGAAUGUUAAAGGAGGAAGAAAAGGAAGAUCGAGAUCUGUAGAUUUUGUGUGAUUCAUUAAAGUUUCAUGUUUUCUAUCAACAUAUUCUGGACAAAAUACGUCUAUCGGUUGAAAAGAGAGAACAGUGGCUAUCAGGGUAGAGAGCGGUGUCUUCAGUCGUCACAUUUUUAUGAUAUCCUGCUUGAAAUUAUUUAAUAAAUGAAGAAUUAAUCAAACAGAAUGAUUGUUUUGUUG